AUGCGACCUGCAGUUACCGACUCGGAUACCAGUACCAGCUCUGUAUUUUUUACAUGGAAUUUGAGAAGCAUGAUGUCCGGGCAGAUCAAUAAAGCUGUUCAAUCGGUCUUUAAAAAAGCAGGAGUCGAUAUCAAAGUAACCUCAACGUCGUUCCGGGAAGCUGCAGUAACGAAAGUGCAUGAGAGCAAUCCUAAGCUAAGUGAAAAGCUUGCAGGACUUAUGUCACACAACGAAUCUACAGCCAAAAAAUAUUAUCUUUUAUGGGAGAAAACGAAAGCAUCAAUUGAAGCUUCAACAAAACUUGGGAAGUCGAUGCGGAAUCAAGAUGCCUCAAAAAAAAGCGCUGAUGAAAGUGAAGCUGACGUUUCGGCAGAUUUCAAUGAGUCUGAAACUAAAAUGAGGACUCCUUGGAAAAAUGAAGAAAUACGAAUGGUGAAAGAAACCUUCAACAAAGAAUUAAAGCUCAAAACGAUUAUGCUUGGUAUCGUUCGUGACAAAGUUAAAAACAGCAAACAGCUUAAUGGAAUGUCACCAAGACGAGUCUUUGAUCGACUUAGGAAAGAGUUAAUUAAAUGA